UUUUUCAAAUACAAUGAUACAUAUUAAAUGAAAUACGAAGUGUCGAUUCAGUGUUGAAUACAAUUCUACAUUUCUUGUUCUUUUACAGCCACAAAAUGAUUGGUCGAUUAUAUUUCUGGAUUAUUCUAUUUGUUCUUGGCGUUUCCGCACAAGAAAAUACAUAUCGAAGUAUUACAUCAACACUUCGAGAAUGUUACGAAAAUAAAGAUCUUCUAGAAAAAGAUAACAGAUUGCCCCAUACUUUAAAUACAUUAAUUGCGAUUCUCCGAAAAAUCGAAAAUAUAGAAAGCCAGAACAUGGAUUUACGAGCUUUAACUGUUGCAAUUAUGCACAGAUUUCGUCAAGACGGAAUAGUAAAGAAUCCAAAUGUCGUCGAGCAGUCUGGUGUAUUGCCAUAUAAAGCAGGUAUCCAAGCACAAAAAUAUGUACAAAUAAUUCAUUUUAUUCCCGAGACGACUAGCCGGCUUCUUGAUGACAACAUAAUAACCGACAUUGAAAGGUGUACCCUUCAUUUCAUGUUAUCUAGCAGUAUUGAAAUGUACGAAAGAGGAGACGAAAACAAAGUGUGUAGAUUGACCGGUCCUUUCAGAAGUGUGAGAAGUGUUAUCAGCAAUUAUUCCCUUAAUACAAAUUUGGAUAUGCACGAUGAUGUAGAAACCUUGACACCUGAACAAAUCGACGUUAUUACAAGUAACAAAGACGAAAUUACCAAACAUGUGUUUGAUGCAAACGCUAUGUAUUCGGAAUUUCCACCGAAUCACCCAAAGACUGCUCGAUUGGUUGACAAACCACUAAGCAGUUGUCCUGUGGAAAAUGGCGUUAUAAAAACUGCCUGGGGUCCAGUUUCUGCCGGGCCGCUAAUCGCUGGUAUAGCUGCUGGUCUACAACCUGAAGAUGUAGCACUCUCGGAAAUUUUUAGCGAAGAUAACGCAGAAAGAAGGGCAAAUUUAUCAAACUUAACAUUGGAUAAUAAAUGGAUUGCAACCAUAACUGGUGAUUUAGCUGAAGUUAUUUUAAUGCAAGGCCCUACAAAUAACAAGGAUGAAAAGUUUGUAGUAGGUGUAGACGGCAAUUGGAAUUCAUCAGCUCUGCCCCGUUGGUAUUUUCUGACAAAUAAUAGCAAAUUACAAUUUACUGCGGCAGAAAUCAGAGGAGAUAUUGAUGGAUUCAUUCUUGCAAGGGAAAUUGAAGCUUUGUUUUCAAAAAUACCUAAAUUGAGAUUGUCGCAGAUUUUAGAUCUAUAUUAUAGUUCUCGUGGAUUAUUUAAUCCUACGAUUAGAGCAUGUAAUCGAAAAACAUUGUUCGAAAAUAUAUCAAGCCAGAUAUCUGAACAGACAUUUAGUGCUUCAUUAGUUUUGGAAGAAUAUUUGCAUAAAGCUACAAUAAGUGACGAUAAAAUGGAAAAUUUUGCAACACAAGCAACAGAGCAAUUGGCUUCUUACGUUAAUUCAAUGGAUAACGAUUUAUCGUGCAAUAAGACAGGAAAUUUUGAUGUUACUCAAAUUGCUAUUGAUCUGACAAUUAUUAUUGAUAUAACAUGGUCUUUUAACGAGAUACAAUCAAUUAUUGCAAACAUAUUGGAUAAAAUCGACAUAAAUCAGUACAAUAGUCAAUUCACAAUCAUUAAUGGUCAUGAUGGCAGUAUCAUAUUGAAUACUACCAACAGUAUUUUAGACUUUGGUUUAUAUAAUAUAAACAAUUAUACAAAUAAUGUUACUAACGGAAUUAACUUCGAUCUUCCUAAAUCAUUUGACAAAUUGUGGGUUUUGCAAAAAAAGAAAUUAAACGAUACACGUUAUGAUCUUGGAAACGUAAAAUCUGAUGUGGUUUUAAUUAUUCCAUAUACAUCGUCUAUCUCAAGUUCUGAUAAGGAAUACUGCAUACAACAAAUCAAGAACAUGCGAGAGCAAGUGCCGGAUACCACAUUAUUUAUAUUGACUUAUGGAUCGAUAGAUAGAUGGACAGACCUUAUAUCAUCAACUAAUUUGUUUACCGUGCAAACUACUGCAGGCGAUAUAGGAAAUUCAGCGACAAUUACUAAAUUAAUUUCGAGGAUAAAACAAGUUCCACAGCGGUUGAUCAAUACACAAUGUGGAGAGAAUUAUGUUAGUGUUGGAAAGUCGAAUUCAUUUAUCAAUUACAUUGAACCGAAUUCAGUAGUCUUUUACAGAAUGCAUCCUAAUUAUUUCUUUUCUACCGAAAGCGAUCAUGUUUCUAAGAUAACGAUUCACAGUGAUGAUAAUUUAAAAGUAUGUAAAUCGCGACGUUUUCAAAAUAUUAAUGAGACAAAUGACUGUGUAUCAAUAAAUAAUAAUGCAUAUACUAUUGAAUUUUCCUGCGGUGAUGCUGGUUUGAUACAUCUUUGCGAUCCGUUGCACCUCUUAAUCAGUGCCAAUUCUUCAACUAUAAAUUUUAAAUAUGGUCCAGAUGAGUGCAGAUUUCCUCAUAUGAUCAAAUACACUAUUUCCUAUGAGAAUUUGGUAUGUGAAAGUAAUGCAAAUAUAAAUAUGUUGAACAUCUUCAUUUUAGUCAUAAGUAUGAUAUAUACAUUUUUGUAAUAAAAAAUAUAAAAGAUAUAGAGAUUGCAAAUAUUUUACUUUU